AUGAGCAUCAUACCGAGCGCGCAGCAAAGCGGGCAGUCGCGGACACGAAAGAAGGAGGUGGAAGCCGACGAGUUCAUGCGGCUCUCGGACCGGGAGAUUGUCGGGUGCAUCACCGACAUUGGCAUCACCUUCACGGUGGCGGACCUGCAGAAGCCGAACCCGGCGCAUGUGCAGCAGAUAUUCGAGUGGUUCGCAGAGCUCCUCCUGAACGCGACGCGGGAGACGGUGGAGCCUCCGAUGCGGUCGGCGGCCGAGGAGGUUUGCGGGGAGUUUGCGGACGUGAUCCCGCCGGACACGCGGAAUCUGAUGGGCUUCUACUCGUCGCUGCGGCGGCUGCUGUUCGAGUGCGGCAUCACCGACUUCAGCUUCAACGAUCUGUACCGACCGACGUACGAGCGGCUGGUCAAGAUCUUCUCGUACCUGAUCAACUUCGUGCGCUUCCGCGAGUCGCAGACGCACGUCAUCGACGAGCACUACAACCGGGCCGAGGGCACCAAGUCGCGGAUCGAGGCGCUGUACAGCGACAACCAGGAGAGCGAGGAGCGGCUAGCGGCGCUGCACCGCAACCGCAGCGCCAUGGAGGCCCAGGUGCGCGAGAAGACGAUGCGUAACGAGGAGCUCAAGAAGCAGCUGCUCGACCUGCGGCGCAGCCAGGAGAAGGUGGCCGCCCGCCUCGACGAGGCCAAGCAGCGCAAGGGUGAUCUCACCGCCGCCCUCGAGCAGCGGACCCACGAAAAGAUCAUGCUCAAGCAGGACAGCAACAAGCUGAGACCCUACAUGCUCGAGAGCCCCUCCAGGCUGCAGGACCAGCUCGCCGAGCUGCGCGACAUGCUCAGCAACGACAAGUCCCACAUCGACUCCCUCGACCGCAGGGCCCGCGCCCUCCAGACCUCGACUGACUCCUUCUCCGUCGUCUCCGCCGACGUCGCCGCCUGCAUCAAGAUCCUCGACGAGGUCGCCGCCGAGCUCGCCAAGGAGGAGGAAGAGAUGGCCCGCAACUCCCGCCAGAGGGACGCCCUCACCGAGCGCGGCAACAACGCCCGCGAGGUCGAGCGCGCCGAGACCAUGCUCAGGCGCCAGCUCGCCAAGUGGUCCGAGCGCACGGAUCGUCUGCGCGACCAGAGCGCCCAGAAGGCGCAGGAGGCCAAGGACAAGAUGCACGAGCUCAGGGCCCAGCACAAGGCCCUCACCGAGGAGCAUGCCGAGAAUGCAAAGGAGAUGGAGGUUCGGAGGGUCAGGAUCGAACAGACGGAGAAGAAGCCGGCCAAUGACCAGAUGCUCGAUCUCAAGGAAAACAUCGAAAACGAAGUACACAGCGCCUACGAGGAGUAUCAAAAGAUGGAGGCUCACAUAAAACUGUACAUGAAUGAGAUGGAGCAAAACAUUUCAUCAUGA